AUGAACCCUCGUCAGCAGAGCUACGCGCCCACUCCUCACAGCUACGUACCGAACACCAACAUGUCGGCCACUAUCAACCUUGACGAGGAAGUCAAGCUUUCGGAGACACGUGCCGAGCAGGAUAUCCACGAGUCUCUCGCCGAGCUGUUCAGCAUCAUCGUCACUAUAGAUCAGCUGGAGAAGGCCUUUCUGAAAGAUGCCAUCCCGGAGGCCGAGUACACCGAGAUAUGUGAGCGGUCUCUGAGGCAGUACAAGGCUCUCCUGGCCGAUGAGACGAUCUCCAAGGCGUUUGGUACUCUCGAAGAAUUCAAGGCCAGAUGGAAUCUCGAAGUCCCACGCGCGACGGAACGGCUACGCGUAGGCAUGCCAUCGACCACCCUGACGGCAUCAUCAUCAUCAGGGCCGACCCCCUCAUCAUCCGGGCUCGGAGGCAUGGGGGGAGGCGGUCCCGGUGGCAGCGGCGGCGCACCUGGCUCCGCCGCCGCCGCAGCCAAGGGCACGAGCGGCGUGCUCAUCCUCGAGGCGACCCAGGAGUUCAUCACGUUCCUUGACGCCGUCAAGCUCGGGCUCCUGUCAAAGGACCAGCUGCACCCCUUGCUGUCCGACGUGAUCCAGUCGGUCAACAAGGUGACGGACAAGGACUUUGAGAACCGCGGCAAGAUCGUCCAGUGGCUCAUCACGCUCAACCAGAUGAAGGCCACCGAAGAGCUAGGCGAGCAGCAGGCUCGGGAGCUGGAGCUGGAUAUCCAGCAAGCCUACCAGGGGUUCCGGAGCACCUUGACGUGA